AUUACCUCAAAGAAAAUAUCUAAAAAUCGUAGAGAACAAGGAAAAAAAAAAAAAAGAGAAAGAAGAAAGAUGACGACGGAGAAGAAAGAGAUGCAAGUGGUGAAGGGACUCGACUUGGAGAGAUACAUGGGCCGUUGGUACGAGAUUGCUUCUUUCCCCUCCUUGUUUCAGCCCAAGAACGGCGUCGACACUCGCGCCACCUAUACUCUUAACCCGGACGGAACGGUGCACGUCUUGAACGAGACAUGGAACGGAGGGAAGAGAGCUUUCAUCCAAGGCUCAGCCUACAAGACCGACCCAAAGAGCGACGAGGCCAAGUUCAAGGUCAAGUUCUACGUCCCUCCUUUCCUCCCUAUCAUUCCCGUCACCGGCGACUACUGGGUCCUCUAUAUCGACCCCGAUUACCAGCACGCCGUCAUUGGCCAAGGCUCAAGGAGUUACCUCUGGAUACUGAGCAGGACAGCUCACAUGGAGGAAGAUACAUACAAUCAACUGGUUCAAAAGGCAGUGGAUGAAGGUUAUGACGUGAGCAAGCUUCACAAGACACCUCAGAGUGACACACCACCUGAGUCCGACGCUGCCCCCAACGACACUAAGGGCGUUUGGUGGCUCAAAUCUAUCUUUGGCAAAUAAUUACAAAACACACCUCCUUUGUCUGUGUAAUAUACUACCCCUUGUGUUUACUCUUGUUUUCAUCCUUGUACCUUUUGUCUAAUUUCAGCAUCUAAAUAUAUUUUCGUGA